AUUUCAUUCAUGUUCAAUUGUUCAUCAUCAUCUUAAUCUUAACGCAAACAGAAACAGUUGUGCAGUUACUUUCUCUUUCUCUCUCUAAAAACUCUUUUCUUUCUUUCUCUCUCUUCAAAAAAAUGCUCAAAGCUCAGCUAUGUCUUCGCACUUUCCAAAUCUCUGGGUUUGGUCCUUCAUCUUCCUUAGAUCAAUCAAAAUAUUUUACUCAUUCAUUAAAGUUUCCUAAUUCUUCUCAAUUUUCAUUGCAAUUUUUAACCCAUAAAAAGAUUAGUAAAUCAGGUUUUAUUUCAUGUAAAAAUCACUCUCAUGGUAAAUUUUAUCCUAAAUCAUAUCAUAAUCAAUCUGAUGAUGAGUAUGUGGAAGCUUCCCUUUUGAUUACAGAGACUGCGAAGCAUUACCAUUUGCGAAAGCAAGGAUUUCGAGAAGAGGCAAAAACGUAUGCUGGCCAUUAUGCUUCUAACUUUGCUCAAGUGAAACAUCGUAGGAAUGAUGUCAACUCCAUAGGACUAAGCAUUCUUCGUCGUUUUCGGCAUCCAACUAUUUUUCUUAAAAUAUCUUGUGAAGAGGAUUUCUUGCUACCCAUUGUUGUAGGAGAGUUUGCUGUUGAGAAGCUCAUUGAUUCUUUAAAUGAAGGCAAUGAUGAGGAUUACCCAAAUUCUUUCCAGUUUAUUAGAAAUCUUGUGGUUGGACUUGAAAAUGAGGUGAGGAUGGUGAAAAUUACAGAAAGAGUGGUGAACACAUUUUUUGCCAGAAUAUAUAUUGGAAAGGAAGGAGAGAGGGAAAAUUUUAGUGUGGAUGCACGACCAUCAGAUGCCAUCAAUGUAGCGCAGAGAUGUAAGGCCCCUAUAUAUGUGAAUAAGCAAAUUGUCCUGGCGGAUGCCAUCAGGAUUUCUUAUGGGACUGGCAGAGUUCGUGACACAAAACCCAUUUAUGACGUUUUAUUGGACAGCCCAAUGGACGGUCCAGAUUCGCUGGUUGAGGAAUUAAAUCUUCUACAGAAUAUGAAGUUGGCUGCAAAAGAGGAAAGGUACAAUGACGCAGCAAUGUGGAGGGACAAACUUGUACAGCUUUGUAAUUCUGGAAAUCUAAACUCACAACCAAAAGAUUGGCGCGAGGCGUCAACCCCAGAACUACCUUAACUAAAUUUGACCAGAUAACAGUGUGUUGAGAUUAUCGUGCAAUCAACAGAUCACUGGUAUCACAUCUGUGGAUGAUGUGGCAUUACUGUACUAACAGGAAGUGUCAUUGAUUAGGUUUAGCAUUUUUAAUGUACAGGUUUGUCCCAUAAUUUAGUUGUCUUGUGUGAUUGUAAUCUGUAAAUACCUGUAAAAUCCAAUAGUAGCCUAUUGGAACCUCAUAUAUCUUGCGCGUUAUCUCCUUUUUAUACAAGAAUCAAAAGCCUACACUCUACACGGGUGUGCUUGAAGCUUAGAUGAAGACUGUAUUCGAGUUUAUAGUGAAUGCAGUAUGAAAUUUACAGGAUAUAAAUGUAGAAAAAUGACUUGUCAUCUGAAAAGAGAUGGAUUCUACGGGAAGCAUACCGGGGACUUAUACCGUACUCUCCUCUCUGCAGCCAUUGUCGUUGAUCCCGCAAAAGUGAGCGACUGUUCAUCAGUACUGUUAUCGUCUUGACAAAAAUUUAUCCAUCAUGUGGCGACUAGCGGCUAGUAUUUGUAGUAAUAGAACUGCUUUGAGAAACCAAAAACUUGAAAGCAAAGCAAAGAACUCUGUGUUAUUUGUUAGUGUGCAUAUUGCGUGGCUUAAACUGAACAAUCAACUAGAAUGCUCAGAGUACUACUACGUACAGAAUUUCUAAUUUCACGUUAUUUUUUUUGUGAAAUAUAGAAGCUUGUUACAUAUAUAU